CUCGUUGAUGAUUUUUCAUAGACCAGCUACUUGUAAUUUAAACUCGUUGGCUUCCCUAAUUAAGACAGCAUUUUCCUGUUUGGUCCGCAAACGUUCCUCUUACAAUGGGGCACUCUUAAUCAUAUCCACGAUAACUCCUCAUACCUUAAGCAUACCGGAAGAUUCAAGAAUUAGAUUCUCCUCACGGGAAAAGCUGCUGGGUUUAUGAGUGAACGCUGAGUACAUCUGGCGUUGCCAUGGCCAAGACACGCGCCUUGGAAGUCUGCUGCACUAAUGCAGCACACCAUGAUCCCUAAGUAGUAGUGGGGUUGCGACCCCGGUAACGGUGUUGGAGCACCAUCUUCCCUUUUUGUUCACGGUCAAGAACCCGGGCCUCGUCACGUCGAAAUGCUGCGAAUAUCGAUGCAUCGUGUGUGGCGAGCGACGCUCGCAGCUGGUGGUACGACGGCGAAUUUGCCGACUCAAGUUCCCCUAAGGGUGCGGCAACGUCGUCGUGGAUUCUCGAGCACUCCUCGCCGAGAUAUCAUGGAGACGACGGGGUUCACCGAGACGCAGCUGUCGGUGAGGGAUGCGGUCGGCGCCGUAUGCUCCGGCUUCCCAAACACCUAUUGGCAGGAGCAUGACGUGAAGGAGGAGGACCCGAGGGAAUUUCACGCCGCCAUGGCCGAGGGCGGCUGGCUCGGCAUAGCGCUGCCCGAGGACCUGGGCGGAUCCGGGCUCGGCAUUUCCGAGGCGGCGAUGAUGAUGCAGACCAUCGCCGAGUCGGGCGCCGGUAUGGCGGGCGCGCAGGCUAUCCACGCCAACGUCUACGCGACGCAGCCGCUCGCUAAGUUCGGCACCAAGGCCCAGCUUGAGAGCACGAUCCCCAACAUCAUCUCCGGCCGGUGGCGGACCUGCUUCGGCGUGACGGAGCCCAACACGGGCCUCGACACCCUGCACUUACGGACGAUGGCUACAAAGCAGGCCGACGGCUCGUACCGCGUUACCGGCCAGAAGAUCUGGAUUACGUGCGCACAGGUGGCGCGGAAGAUGAUCUUGCUGGCGCGCACGACGCCGCUCGAGGCGGUCGCGAAGCCGAGCGAGGGGCUGUCGCUCUUCUGCAUCGACCUGGAUAAGGAAGCGCCGGGGCUGGAGAUGCGGCGGAUCAAGAAGAUGGGCGGUCGGGCGGUGGACGCGAACGAGGUGUUCUUCGACGACUACGCCAUCCCGGCGGACGCGCUCGUCGGCGCCGAGGGCCAGGGCUUCAAGAUCAUCCUGCACGGCAUGAACGCGGAGCGGUGCCUGCUGGCGGGCGAGGCGCUCGGGCUCGGAUACGCGGCGCUGGGGCGGGCAGCGGCGUACGCGCGCGAGCGCGUCGUCUUCGGCCGCCCGAUCGGCGCCAACCAGGGCGUCGCGCACCCGCUCGCCGACGCGUACAUGAAGCUCGAGGCCGCCAAGCUCACCACCUACCACGCCGCGCGGCUCUACGACGCGAGCCGCACCGACCCGUCCAUCCGGCAGGACGCAGUAGGUGUCGCCGCCAACACGGCCAAGUACCUCGCCGCCGAGGCCGCGUUCGCCGCGUGCGAGCGCGCGGUCAUGACGCACGGCGGCAUGGGCUACGCUAUGGAGUACGACGUCGAGAGGUGGCUGAGGGAGUGCCUCGUUCCGCGCAUCGCACCCGUGAGCCGGGAGAUGAUCAUGAACUAUAUCAGCGAGAAGGUCCUGCAGCUGCCGCGGAGCUACUGAGGUAUGAAGGUAGGGGACAGGGCAUUGGGUAGACCGCGUAGGUAUUAUUCUACCCAACUGCUUUAUUAUAGUCGUGACUUGAGCACUUACCCCUAUCGCAAAUAGCCAUACCUAAUAUUACACUAUUUACCGCUUA